AUGAUUAUAUUAAAGUCGAAUCGAAUCAGCCGGGGACAUUUUUCGUUAUUUUGUUUGUAUGUUUUUCAUUUUCAGCCCCGUUUACUAAUUUCUUUACUUUUGCAUUGGCUCAGCCACUUGGAUUUGGGAAUUGACGAGGAUGAAGUAACCACAGCUUUACUGGACAACAGCGCAGCCAAGCACAAGAUGGCCGUUCGUCCGCAGCGCAAAAGGCGUUCAGAAUCGCGUCAAAGGGACGGCAAUCAAGGAGAAGAGGCUGGAAUCGAAUCCAGCCAGCAGAGCGGCGUCCAGGUGGAAGGGAGCGUCAAAAAGAUCAAAUAUUCGACGGACGAAGAAGCAGAGACCAGCAAACAACGGGGAUACCGGCGGACUCGUUCAGGCCGCCAACUGGUUACCUUCGAUCCUGUUGCCAAACGAGAGGCCGUCGUCAAGGAGCUGGUGGAAACGGAGGAGGAAUUCGUGACCGAUAUGGAACACGUAGUCAACGUCUACUACCGCCAGAUGGAUCAUCCUUCCACUCCGAGAAAAGUCAGCCCGACUUCAGAAUCCGUUGCCAGGAUCAGCACCAAAGGCCGGCUGCCGCGAUUACCAACGGCCGUCAGCCAAUCUUCUUUGUCUCCAUCAGACAGGAUGAAUCCGGCCUUUUCCAUUUGCUUCCAGAUGUCUCGCGAUUGCUGCUUGGUCAGGGCCGUCUGAUUGACCAGAGUGUCCGGC